AUGAGUAACCGAGAGGUGAUCGUUCUAAGUGUGGGAGGUGUGAGAUUUGUAACCCGGGCUUCUACCUUGCAGCAGUUCCCUGAGUCCAGGCUGGCACGGAUGAUAAAUGACGAUGACCGGGAAUUUAAACUGGUGAAUGGAGAGUUUUUUGUGGACAGAGAUGGAGCUUUGUUUAGUUACAUCAUGGACUUCUUGAGGACUCUCCAGGUGUCCUUACCAACUGAUUUCUCAGACUAUCAGAGGCUGCAGAGAGAAGCAGAAUUCUAUGGACUCUACCCCCUGGCUGACCUCCUGAGGCAAGAACAUUUGCUGAAGCCGAGGCUGGAGAUCUUGGAAGUGCGUUUUUCUCUCCAAGAAAUGCAGACCUUUUUCCGGAUCUUUGGUUCCUGCAGUACCACCAUUGAAGCACUAGCUGAGCAAAUCACCGUGUUUACAGGGCAGCAGACAGGACAGGGCUGGAACAGCCCUUUUCUUUCUCAGAAACCACUUGUUCCACUUCCUUUGGAAAGACCCUCUCAUCACGAUAUGGUUUUUCUGUGUGGUACUGAGUAUUCUGCUGGUGACCAGUUCGUGGCCAGGUAUGUUUCCAUAAAGCCUGAUAAUAGAAAGCUGAUUAACGGUACUAAUGUGCUAGGCCUGCUGUUUGACACUUUACUCAAAGAUGGAUUUCGCCUCAUAAGCACCAGGACAGUCGCCAGUGAAGAGAAGGUUGAAUGCUACACUUUUGAAAGGAUGAAGAGGGCAGCAGGCCUUGCCAUCGUGGUGAACCAAACCCCGGGGAGCUCUGGGGUAGCACAGGCAAGGAGAAGCCAAGUGCAGAAGGGGAAAUAAAGGGUUUUCCUUCCAUCUUUUGAAUGUAGAAGAGGGAUGUGUCAGCACUAGUGGCCUUCUUUUUUGUUUGUUUUGGCUUGUUUGAAACUGCAGCUAUUGAGGGAAGUAACAAACACAUUUUCUUUCAAGUGUUUAGGGGAAAAAAAAUUCCUUUCUUGCCUUUUACUGCUCCACCCUCUUUAAGUAAAAGAAACCCAGAUUCGAUACUGGGUUUGUGGACCAGAUUUCAGCAUUUCCAAGAGUUUGUUUUUUCUCUGUGGCUAAAAUUUACACGAGGACUUGCAAAGCAUCAGCCAUCCCUUCUAGAAUUUUUUUUAAUGUUCUGUGCUAAUCUUCAAGUAGAUUUUAAAAACAUGGUCAUACAUGAAGAAAUAACAUCUUGAUGCAACUGUCAUCCCAACAGUUCGGAGAAGUGGCUGGAGGGGGAAUGCAAACCCCAACGAUUGAUUAGGGCUUCCGCUCACUCUCUUUGCAGCUGGCUGAAAGCAGUGUAAGGGAAACAACCUGAGCUGUGCUGCUGCGUGGCUUUGUGAAAGCCAUCACUGAGGUCUGUGAAAUAACAUGUGACUGUCUUGCAAAAUACUCCUCUGUCCUCCCACUCUCGUGGCAUUACGAUGCUCUUUGGUUCCAAAAAUUAAAUUAUAAAGACCUUUGUGAACAGAAGGUCAGUUAAUUUUUAGUGCUUUCACCACAAAAAGGAUGAAAAUGUGAUAAACAGCCUUUCAGAUGAAAGAGUUUGUACAGUUUCAAACAAAAUACUGUAAAGGAUUUUUUAGCACUUGUUAAAUACAACACAGUUGGAAGGCUUUAAGAGCCUUGGGAAUGUUAGUCCUGUACAAAGCUUUUUAAAGAUGCCAAAAUUAGCUCAGGUACUGAGAGAGGUAAGUUAAUGAAGCUUUAUAAAUUAAGAAUAUUUUGUCCUUCCAUCAAGGCAGGGAAAGAAGAUAGCAGUAACUUCAGGGAUUCAUUAGCUGCAUUUCAGUUUUGUCUCAGUGGUAAAAUACCAUCUUCCCAAGGCUUCAAACACUCCAGAAUAACCACUUUGGGCUUUCUUGGCUGACCAGUUAGAUCUGGCUUUUCAAUAGUUUUAAAAUGUGAAUGCAUUACUUUAUUUGCAGCACUUGAUAAUGGGGGUGGGACUCAUCCAUCUGUUUCUUGCCCUAAGGAGUUUCAGUGAAAUGGAUCUUCCCAGACUGGUGGUGCCACUAUUGGACACCUCUUUUCUUUGGCUACUUCUCAGGCAUUUCAGCUUCAGCCAAGUUCAGAAGUUCAGCAGAAACAGUGAGGUCCUCUUUGCUUUUCCUAGAGCUGUUUGGGUUGAGAAUGUGAUUAUGGGACUACAUCUCCUAAGCUGCCGACAGGUUAUGUAAUGUAAUAAUAAAUAAUAAAUGAGAAUGUAAGAGUGAAUGCUUUCACUUCAAAUGGCAUUUUUUUGGUCAAUAAUGUCAAUAUGUUCAUAUUUGUCUUGAAGUAAGAUGUUUCUUACAGUGAGAACCGUCAUUCACGGAACAACCUCCCCACAGAUGUGGUGAGUCUCCAUUGUUAGAAGUUUUGAAGAGGAUGCUAAAUGAUUUCAUGGAGGCUCUGUUUCACAUGAAAGACUGGGCCAGACAAUCUUCUGAGUUCCCUUCCAGCCUGGCCUGAUUCUGUGGAGACCGUCUGUGAAGUUGGGUUUCCUCCUGUGUUUAUAUUUAAGACUGCCAAGGGCUUUUCCAGUACAAUCUUGUGGUGCCUAUUGGAUGUCCCAACAGGAUAGAGCCUGCUCCUCAGCCAGGUCCUGGUGGAACAGAAGAAGGAACUACAUGGUAAAGGCAGGCAGAGAUCCACAGAAGGCAGCAAACUCACUUCUUUCCCAUUACAGAGAGGAAACAAAGGAAUAACAUUAGGCUGGAAAGAGUCAUGGCCUUUGUGGGACCAAAGAGACACAACUUACUGUACUGAG